UGUCCCAAAACGAUCCAACCAUAAUUUAGAUACAAACAACAAAAAGUCUUCUCUCUCUCUCUCUCUCUGUUUCUUCGGCCAUGGGACGAGGCAAAGGGAGCAACAGAAAUUCAAGGAUUUCUUCUUAUUCUUCUUCUUCUACUACUACUGCUCCUUAUAAUACGACGUCGUCUUCUACGUCUUCGUCUUCGUCUACGUGGUGGUCUAAUUUCUGCUCCUCGGCGCUCAGAACAAAGCCGCAGGUUUCUCCGUCGGAAAACUCCGUUCGUGCUGUCGGCGAUGGACUCGUCCGGCGACUCGGCUUGCUCGACCUCGUUCUCAUCGGCGUCGGAGCUUCUAUCGGCGCCGGCAUCUUCGUUGUCACCGGCACCGUCGCUCGCGACGUUGGCCCUGGAGUUACAAUUAGUUUUGCGCUAGCUGGAGCAGUGUGUGUGUUAAAUGCGCUCUGUUAUGCCGAGUUAGCUUCUCGUUUUCCUGCUCUUGUUGGGGGAGCAUACAUGUAUACCUACACAGCCUUCAAUGAACUUACUGCUUUUCUUGUAUUUGCACAACUAAUGCUUGACUAUCAUAUUGGGGCAGCUAGCAUAGCUCGAAGCUUAGCAAGCUAUGUAGUUACAAUUCUAGAACUUUUUCCCAUUUUCAAAGGUAUGCCAAACUGGAUUGGAAAUGGUGAAGAGUUUCUAGGAGGAGCUCUAUCUAUCAACUUAUUAGCUCCAAUUCUGCUAGUGCUUCUUACUAUAAUUCUUUGCCGGGGUGUUGGAGAAUCCUCUGCUUUGAACUCAUUCAUGACUGCGCUAAAGAUCAUCAUUGUUAUUAUUGUUGUCUUUGUUGGUGCUUUUGAGGUGGAUGUUUCAAAUUGGUCUCCUUUUGCUCCAAAUGGUGUUAAAUCAAUUCUGACUGGAGCUACUGUAGUAUUCUUUGCAUAUGUUGGAUUUGAUGCAGUUGCUAAUUCAGCUGAAGAAUCAAAGAGACCACAGCGGGAUUUGCCAAUAGGCAUCAUGGGAAGCCUUCUCAUAUGUAUUGCAUUAUAUAUUGGUGUCUGUUUAGUGAUAACUGGAAUGGUACCUUACAAGUUCCUCGGGGAAGAUGCUCCUUUGGCUGAAGCUUUUACAUCCAAGGGCUUGAAAUAUGUUUCAGUUCUGAUCAGCAUAGGUGCCGUUGCUGGACUUACAACAACCCUUCUAGUCGGUCUUUAUGUUCAGUCUCGGUUAUAUCUUGGGCUUGGAAGGGAUGGCUUACUACCUGCAUUAUUUGCUAAAGUACACCCAAAGCGCCACACUCCUAUUCAUUCUCAGGUCUGGGUUGGUAUUGUUGCUAGUGUUUUGGCAGGGCUAUUUAAUGUGCAUGUGCUCUCACACAUUCUUUCAGUUGGCACAUUGACAGGCUAUUCUGUUGUCUCAGCAUGCGUUAUAACUCUUCGCUGGAAUGAUAAGACAGCAAGUCAAGUGUUAUCUUCAUCUUGGCUGGAAGGUGUCAUCUGCCUCAUCACAGUUGCCUGUUGUGGUUUUGGUGCUGGACUAUUCUACCGUGUCAGUGCUUCGUUUAUCUUUCUGAUUGUAGCUGUAGUUCUAGCAAGUAUUGCUUCUUUUGCUCUCAUUUUCCACCAAGAUUAUGCAGUUCCGCCAGGGUUUUCUUGUCCUUGGGUUCCUACUUUGCCAGCUCUUUGCAUCUUCUUGAACAUGUUUUUAUUUGCUCAGUUACACUAUGAAGGAUGGGUGAGAUUCGUCAUCCUUAGCAUUAUUACAAUUGGUGUUUAUGCAUUUUAUGGGCAGUAUCAUGCUGAUCCGAGGACAGAAGAGACAUUUGGCUAUCAAAGGGCCCCUUUAGAACCUGUAGAAGAGGCUUGAUUAUUUCUUUAGGAAAUUUUUGUGCAUCUUGUACGAGUUGUCAUCUGUUGUAGCAUUGGUUGUCUUGUAUUAAGUGUGUAUUUGAGUAGGUUGUAGCCAAAUGUAUCAUAAUAGACAUUUGUUAGAACAAUCUAUGGGAAAUUACAAUAUUCAUCUAUAUAGCGAUCAUUCACGGUGGAACCA